UUUACUGUAAUUUCUCUCUUCUGCUCUCAGCGAUGGCGUCUGCUGAUCUGAGGAAGGAGCUGGAAUGUUCCGUCUGUCUGAACAUUUAUACUGAUCCUGUGACCCUGAAAUGUGGACACAAUUUCUGCCGGGACUGUAUUGGUCGUGUGUUGGAUACACAGGAGAGGUCUGGAGGUUAUUCCUGUCCUGAAUGUAGACAAACAUUCAGGAAACUUCCCGUCCUUCAGAGGAACAUAACCGUACGUAACAUAGUGGAGAAUUUCCUGUCUUCUCAGCCACAUCAGGAGGAGUCCGGGGUCCUCUGUACUUACUGUAUUCACACUCCUGUACCUGCUGUCAUAUCCUGUCUGAUGUGUGAAGCUUCUCUGUGUGACAAUCACCUGAGAGUCCACAGCAAGUCACCAGAACACGUCUUAUGUGACCCCACCACUUCCCUGGAGAACAGGAAAUGCUCCGUCCAUAAGGAACUACUGAAGUAUUACUGCACUGAGGACUCCUCCUGUAUCUGUGUGUCCUGCAGUUUGGCCGGAGAACAUCGGGGACACCAGGUGGAGACUCUGGAUGAGGCUUCUGAGGUGAAGAAGAAGAGACUGAGGAAUGUUCUGCAGAAACUGAUGACAGAGAGAGAGGAGACGGAGAAAAGAGUCCAGAGUCUGGAGGAGCACAGGAGGAAAGUACAAGGAAAAGCAGAUGAUGAAGCAGAGAGAGUCACUGUCCUGUUCAGAGACCUCAGGAGACGUCUGGAAGACCUGGAGAAGAGAGUCCUGAGUGAGCUCUCCAGGCAGGCAGAGUGGGUCUAUCUAUCACUAUCUGAUAAGAUCCAACAGUUGGAAAUAAAGAAGGAGGAGCUGUCCAGGAAGAUGGAGGACAUUGAGGAGCUGUGUAACAUGACGGAUCCACUGACUGUCCUCCAGGAAUCAGACACAAGUGACUUGUGUGAUACUGAGGAUGGAGAUGAUGAGGAGGACAGAGAGAGACGUGAUAAACUCCUCCAUGAUGGAGGGGAUCUGGAUGUGGUGGAGAUCUCACACACAUUACACACAGGUUUAACUGACAUAAUACAGCUAACAUCGGGGGUGUUGGGGAUUACCGACAUAUUACUGGAUGUGAGUACAGCUUCUAAUGAUCUACAUAUAUCAGAUGACAGGAAAACUGUAUCCUGGUUAUUACAUCAGAAUCGCCCAGAAACACCAGAGAGAUUUGAGCGUUCUCAGGUGAUGAGCAGUCAGAGUUUCUCCUCAGGGAGACAUUACUGGGAAGUGGAUAUCGAGAGGUCAGGCUUCUGUAGAGUCGGGAUGUGUUACCCCAGUAUAGACAGAAGAGAAGGUCGGUCAGGAAUUGGGGACAAUAAGAAGUCCUGGGGUUUAAGGAGGUGGGGGUUUAAUUACUACUUAGCGAUACAUGACAGUAAUGAGAUCCAAUUAUCCCCCGGUGUCUCCAGUAACAGAGUCAGGAUAGAUCUGGAUUAUGAGGCCGGGCGGAUCUCCUUUCAUGAUCUGUGUGACCCGAUCCGACAUCUCUACACCUUCACCACCACCUUCACUGAGCCCCUCCAUGCUGUGUUAGGUGUAUGGAAAGGUUGUAUAAAGAUAUCUGGGGGGGGAUCAGAUCUGAGAAAUCUACUCAGAUACUGGUGACACUGAACAGGAGGAAGCAGUGGACAAGAACAUACGGAUUUAUUUACAAAGUUCUGGGUAAUAGGACUGUCAUCUUCAUCCUAAACCUCUCUUUACCACCUAGUGGGUCACUGACAGUGGUGGCUGGUGCUAAAAAGCUUUGGGGGACGCAAACAAACUGAAAAAAAAAAUGAAAAAAAAAACCCU